ACUAGCAGACUAGGGUGACCAAAAUACUUGGAGUGGGUCGAAGGCGCUAAAAUCCUAAAUUAUCACUUCAGUCCAGUGUCCUACAUUAGUAGUUUUCCAAGGGACUUCAUCCCAUCACCACACUGGAACUGGUCAGUCCAGUCUUGUCUAUAGCAUGAUGUGUUCCCAUGGGGGAGGGACUGACAGACCACCGCCACCUUCCUACGUUGCCGAUCCUUGAGUUCGAUUUUCGCUCAUGGUUGGUUGAGAGGCACGACUGCUCCACCAGGAGGGAAGGUGAGAACGAGACACGACAGGUGAAAAGAUGUCUUAUUGAAGUUAGUUGCCUGCUUUUCCCACUGAGCGAGUUCGGAUACAAUACAGGCGGCUAGCACCGUGCCUUCUUUUUCCAGUUAACUUCCUAACUUGCUAGCUGUUUGAAAGGGAAGUACAUGGAAUAACAUUAUUAACACGGGACGGAUUCAGGACACCCACCAAGGCCACGGUUCCUCUCUGCUCUCUGUGAUGACAUCACAGCACGGUUACCACAGAAACCAGGGCCCCAGUGCAAACGGCUGACGUCCGAGCAGCUGCUGAUUAAGAGAUGGCGGCUCAGGUAGAGGUGAAGACAGGAGAGGGGACCAGAGCCGGAGUCGUGGGAGGCCGUAUGCACCUCAGCCCCCUGGCAGACUCCAGCAACAAAAGCCCUGUGGAAGUCCCCUCGGGCACCCAGGGGCCUCUGAUUCUCGCUCCAGAGCCCAGCAAGCCUGUGCCAGGACCCAAACCUCGCCUUACCCCCAAGCCUUUCGCCCUUGACAAAAACCCCACCAUCCGCCCUAUCCCUGCCCCCAAGCCUCACACUAAGCCCCGCCCCGAACUGACUCGCCCCGCCUCCUACAAGCCCGACCCGCCCAGCACCCCUAAACCUGCUCUGACAAAGCCGGCACAUGCCAGUGCCCACAGGCCAGUGCCCACCAACCCCAAACGCCCCACCCCUACAUCCCUCAAACCUGCCCCCAAGCCCACCCCUGCUCAUACUGCCAAGCCCACCGUGCAGCCCUACAAGCCCGCACCUCCGCCCUCCUCCGGGGAGCCUGCUAAGCUCACCUUACGUGAAGCUGUCAAGUCUCCGGGCCCCAGGCCUGGGCCGCUCCAGAAGCGGGGCUCCCGGGCGCCCCCAGCCGCUGAGUGGUCCGGAACGACACAGCAGGAGGGAGAGCGAGCGAGGACGGAGGCAAGCGGGAGGGUAGGGGCUCCCAUCGCGCGGGCGAAGUCCUUGGGCUUUCUCAACCAGACGUCGCAAGAGGACGAGAAGCCGUCGGGGGGAGGGAAGGGGGGCGAAGCUGCUGCAGCACCCGUCCCUAUGCGACCGCAGCCGAAAGGAUCCCGACCCAGGCCCGUCUCUGCGGUCUUCCUGCCCUCCCCUACCCAGUCAGAGUCUCCAGGCCCCCCUGCUCCCUCCCGCUGGACGGGCCGACGGCCCCUCUCCGCCGACCUCACUGCCAAGUUUGAGUCCAUCGGCCUGUCACUGCACCGCCGGCCAGGCAAGGCGGACAGCAAGGAGAACACCCCGGAGAGGGGCAGAGAGGAGGAUGGCGCACCAGCCCAGAGGAAAGACAAGGAAAAAGGGGUGGAGCUGACGCCAUCGUCACCUUCAAUGUUCUUAACAACGCCCGACCCCGAGUACAAGCCCAUGCCCACUGUGCCAGAGCAAAAGAACGAGAGAAAAGAACCAGAGGAGAAAGAGGAGGAAAAGAGCGGUGGCAGUAUAAAGAGGCGGAUUAGCCUUCUCUUUGACUCUUCUUCCUCCGCAGUAGGUGGCUUGUCUGUCGCUGGGGCCGAGGCUCGCCCCGCUGCAGCUCAGCCCAUCCCCGAGACGGACGUCCCUGUCGGAGUGAAACAGCGAAUAAAAAAGCUGACUGAAGACACGCCCCCCACGCAGACCCCCUCUCCAAAAGCGCCGUUCAAGCCCCGCCCUCUGCCCUCUGACCUCACCAAAAAAUUUGCUGCUGAGAACCUUGUGGAGCUUAGCAGCCUGUCGCCAAGAAGCUUGGAGAGAGAAGGGUCAAAAGGUCAGCAGCAGGAUGGCAGCGAGGCUCAUGGGAAGGUUGAAGACUCUGCCAUGGGCCUCACUGAUGGAGCAAGGGAGGCAAAAGAGGAGAGGGUGGUGUUCCAAUUCCCCCAGGACCAGCCAGCCUACACCUCCACUGACCAAUCAGGUGUGAGCAUGGAAGAGCGGAGGGUGGAGAGCGAGGCGCAGGAGGCAUGCCCCAGUGGUGGGGUGCAGACGGUCCGGGCAGCCCUGUUCGAAAAUGUUGUUGAGAGACACAGCGUGCAUGUGGUAGAGGAGGCGGGUGGGGGCGCGGGCCAGCUCAGGAGGAGCAUUUCGCUGAGGCAGAAGGAGGGUGAGGACGACGGGCAGGGUGGCAUCGCCCUCACGGGCGCAACAGCCCCCGCCAGCCCCCUUCGAGUGGAGCAUGUGUUUGACACGGUGUCGGCCAUUGGGGAGAAGAGGGCGGUGGUGGAGAGCUUGCCCCCAGCCCAGCUGGAGGACAAGGCCAUGACGCUGCGAUCCCGCCGGUCAGGGGCGGAGGGGAUGGCCAGGGGUGGGCAUGUGGAGGACAAGCCCCAGCAGCCCCAUAGUCCGAGAGAUCCACCCAGGACAAACCCAGAGGCCACGUCCCAGCUUCCGGAACAAGCACCACGCUACCUGAGGGUGGGGGGCCUGAAGAAAUGGGGCACGGAGGAGGUGGAGAGGAAGAGGGAGGGGCAGGCAGAGCCGGAAGCAGAGGCAGGGUGGUGGGGGGAGUCAGACAGACAGAAACCAGAGAGCGCCAUGCAGUUCGAGUCGGAGAUAGAGAGGCAGAGGGAAUGGGAGAGGGAGGAGGUGGGGGCACCAAAACGUUUGAAAAUGCUGGAGGGAGAUGACCCGCAGCCCAAACCCAGGGCCACGUAUUUUGCCCUCACUGGGCAGAUGCAGGAGCCCCAGCCGGUGGACAACUACAGCGUAGAAGGGAGUGGGGGCGAGGAGGAUUUCUCUGCGAAGUUCGGGAGAUGGGGCUCCCAGGGGCCGGUACGCAGAAACCCCUCUCUGGACGCAGCAUUCGCCAAAAGCAGCUUGAGCGAAGCCUCAGGCCAGGGGUCCCUGGCUGGGAGAGACCAGACCCCCAAAGAGAGAGAAGCAUUUCGAGAAAUGGAAACGGAGCAGGAACUCAAGACCCAAAGGGACAUGGAGUGGGAGAGACAAAGAGAGCUGGAACAACUGAGAGCCACUGAAAGGGAAAAAGAGACAGAGAGGCAGAGAGAGACUGAAAGACAGAUGGAGGUUGAGACGGAAAGACGGAGAGUGAUGGAGAGACAGAAAGAGAUGGAAACACAGGGAGAACUGGAGAGGCAAAGAGAAAGGGUGAGGGGGAUGGAGAGACAGCUGUUGGAGUUGGAGAAACAGCGGCAAGCAGAGAAGGAGCGACUGGAAAGGCAGAGAGAAACUGAGAGACAGAAAGAGAUAGAGAGACAGCUACUGGAGCUGGAAAAGCAGAGACGGGCAGAGCGGGAGAAAGCAGAAAGGCAGAGAGAGAUGGAGAGGCAACGGGAGUUGGAGAGGGAGAGGCAGCAAGAGAUUGAGAAACUCAGAGAGAUGGAGAGACAAAGGGAGUUGGAGAGGGAGAGGGAGUUGGAGAGACAGCGAGAGAUUGCGAGGCAGAAAGAGAUGGAGAGACAGCUACUGGAGCUGGAAAAGCAGAGACGGGCAGAGCGGGAGAAAGCAGAAAGGCAGAGAGCGAUGGAGAGGCAACGGGAGUUGGAGAGGGAGAGGCAGCAAGAGAUUGAGAAACUCAGAGAGAUGGAGAGACAAAGGGAGUUGGAGAGACAAAGGGAGUUGGAGAGACAGCGAGAGAUUGCGAGGCAGAAAGAGAUGGAGAGACAGCUACUGGAGCUGGAAAAGCAGAGACGAGCAGAGCGGGAGAAAGCAGAAAGGCAGCGAGAGGUGGAGAGACAGCUGGAUUUCGAGAGACAAAAGUUUUUGGAGUUUGAGAAACGGAAGGAGAUUGAAAUGGAGAGACGAGAAGAAAUUGAGAGAGAGAAACAAAGAGAGAUUGAGAGAGCAGGGCAGAGGGAGAUGGAGAACCGGAGGCAAAGAGAGUUGGAGAGAGUAAGGCAGGAGAUGGAAAGACAGAAAGAAACAGCGAGGCAAAGAGAAAUUGUAAGGCAAAAAGAGAUGGAGAGACAGCUGCUGGAGCUGGAGAAGCAGAGACGAGCAGAGAGGGAGAAGGAGAGAGAGGCAAAGGAGAAGGAGCAGGAGAGAGUGAGGCAGCUGCUCCGACAGCAAGAUAUGGAGAGGCAGAGGGCAAUGGAAAGAGAGAGGGAGAUUGUGAAAAGAGAGGAAGUGAUGUCAACGCUAAGGCCUGGUGUGCUAGACCUAGACUCUGUGUCCUUGGCCGACCAGCACCUUAAGGUCUCCCAGAGCAGCGAUCCCAGGUUGAAGCUGCCCUCCCCACACAACGAUGACACUUACCGGCUCGCCAUCCUGGAUAUCGACUCCUUCCGCUCCCAAACCCAUCCCGCCCCACCCGUCGAGGCCUUCCCUGCGGUUGGCAUCCAGGGCCUGGACUCGGGUGCCACCCUCUGGUCCCAGCCCCACACCACUGAGGAGAGGCCCGUCGGGAGGCCCAGCCCUGUGUGGUCUUCCUCACAGCUGGAAUUCUGGGAACAGACUCCAAUUGCACCUGGUAGCUGGUUGGCACCUGAGCCGCCCCAGAAGCCAGCCAGCAAACCCAGCCUUGAGCAGCUGCUGCUUGGGCAAGAGGAGAGGCUGGCAGCCCCCAGCCUGGUACCAGAGAGGCAAUGGUCCGGUCUGCCCGCUGACUCAGGCUCGACUUCAGCCUGGGCACCCUUUCCCAGGAGGGAAACCACAGGGUCCGGCGCCCCUGAAUCUCAUCGCCAUGGUUACACUGACCCCGCUCCCCUGGAGUCACCCUGGGUGCUCCGUGACCCUGUCACUCCUGCAGCACAGGAGCAGAGAGCAGAGCCCAGAACCCAACAGGGACAGCAAGACCCUCAUGCCAAGGACCUGACGCGGACGAGGUCACGGAGCGUGUCACGCAGAUCCGCGCCGGCGGAGAGCCCCCUGGAGGGGCCGCUGUCCCGCAUGAGGAGCCGCAGCGCCCACAGGGAGACGGACAUCCGGUCCUGGGAGCAGCUGAAGCAGUGUGUCGGCGCUGAGGACGAGGGGCGGGACACAGACACGCUCGUCCAGGAGACGGACAGCCAGUACGGGACGUGGGACACAGGCCUGCGUACAGAUGACAGCCUGACGCCCGCCACCCCUUCUUCUGACAGCAACCUCAGCUCAUCGCCACGGAAACAGACACCCCCACACACGCCCGGGGAUCCUGCCACGCCCAGUGGCUUUGACACUCCCGACAGCCUAUCACCCGGCCCCGUGCCAGAGACAGAGCCCCUCCCUUUCCCUGAGACCACGACCACCCUGCUAGACUCCAGCGCUCUGCGCUCCCGGGUGCAGCUGGGUAAGAUGCGGAACAAGCGGGCCCUGCCGUCUCGCGCCGCCCGUCAGAACGCCGCGCUCUCCGUGCAGCAGGAGGGGCAGGGCGGGGCCGGCGACGACUGGAGGUAUCGCGACUCCACAGAGGAGAAGGGGCAGAGCUCCAGGCAGGAGGACUCGGACCCCGAGGACCAGCCCAGAGGAGCGGAGCUGCGGCCCCCAGCCUCCCAGCCGCAGAGAGUCGCUCUCUUCCCCGGGAUGGACCCUUCCGCCCUGAAGGCUCAGCUGAAGAAGAGGGGGGACUCUGACAAUCAGACUGACGGAGCCUCUCCUUCCUCCUCUCAGCUGUCCCGCUCCCCCAAAUCACCCUUCCUUGCCCGAGCGUCCCGCGUGCUGCCCCCUGCUGGCGGGAAAGAGAACGGGGAGGAGUCUUCACCUCAGUGGCUGCGAGAACUCAAAUCUAAGAAACGCUUGAGUCAGUAUGAUAACGACACUUAGAGGCAGAGGACAAGGUUGCCUUAAAAUGGGGAAUGUGUAGAGGAAGUAAGCGACAGAAGCCUUAACCUUUGACCUGGAAAUGAACGGAAUCCUGCUACUGCUGCUGCUGACGUGACAUUUUGUGUUUUUCUGUUUACUUCCUGCCUGGGUCGCGAAAUAUGUGCAUGGUGCCUUCAUAGAACAUGUAGUUUUUGUGGGUGACACAAGCGAGGAGGAAUGGAAGUACAACUGGGUGCUCCUCUUGUGCGUUUCGACACCCAGCUUCUUUAGAUGUCUUUGUCAGAGGAAUCCCAGCAUACAGCCACUUUACUGUCGCUGCACAGGAGGAUGGAGGAUGGGGAGGACCAUUCCUUUCCCAGUUUUUGUUGCACUUCAGGAAGGUUUAGUCUGCAGGGUCAAGCACCUCUUCACCUGGAAGUGCUUCCUGAAACUGGUAGAUGGACCAUACACCCCAUUCAUUGUUCUAAUUUGUUUUAUUUUUUCUUUAUAUUUUGAGAUUAUUGUAUGCAUCUUGGUGUAUCAUUUCAUUUGUCGGUUGACAGGUUUAGACAAUGGCCACACACAUAAAUUGCCAUAGGCAAUUUUUUCUGUCACUCAUAAUGGUUUUUGAGAAAACAAAAUUUGGCAAGCAGUAUACUAGAGGUCUUUGUCAUAAUGGUGGCAACUUUAAUCAUGAAAUGUUCUAUAUAUUGUUUUGUUGCAGAUUGGAAUGAGUUAUCAGAUGAGACAAAAAAAUGCAGUGAGCUUUUAAGGGCCGUGCAUACCUGCAGAUUAUAGCAGGGACUUAGCAUUCUAAUGUCCCACUUUUGACAGUGCUCACCACUCAGCAGAACAAAUAUCAGAACCGUAUUUGGCUGCAGUAAGUAAUCAAAUUUCCAUUCAUCAGUGGCUUUAGAAAAUGCCGUUAUGUGGGGAAAAGACCUCUAGACCAUUGGUCGUUCUGUUUCCAUGGGGAUAUCCCUGUCCAGACUUUGUGCCAAAAUAUGGCCGCUCAUUCUCGGGGUGAGUCAGUGGUCUGAGAGCUGCUGUGGAUUUAGUAUUUCCACAAGGGCCUGUCGCCAGAGAAGCCCAGAGGUGUCUGCGUCAUGCAGGCUCUCUACCACUCAUUACUCACACAGUAAUGUGGCUGCACUCAGCUAAUUACUUUGUCCAUUUUUCAAAGGGGACACAAACACUUACCAGAAACACCUUUCUUUAUACACUUUCAGCCACCCUCCAAUUAAAUGUUAAAAAAUGUGAUGAUCAUGGCCAGUAGUUGGUCAUAUUUCUGUAGCUUACAAUCAUGGAUGAGCCACGGUGUGCUUUACUUACCUUGUGCAACUACAGGCUGUGGGUAUGUGGAAUUUAGAAAUUAAAAAUAUACACACUGUUCUAUCAAUCUGUGCCGUGACCAUAUAAAUAUGCAACCUAAUAUGUUCUCUGUCGUCUCAAGAUGGACAUAAAAACACGAAAUAAUGGAGUUGCUGGAAAUCUGUGUUGCCGAUUUGAUGGGGAGAUGUGCCUGUGGCCAUUGCCAUGGCAGUUCAUCAGUCAGAAACUCCCAGGCCACGGCCCUGACUGCCAUGUUAACUGGUGAUGGUUGGAGACAUUCUGUUGGGUGGAGACAGCUAAAGAGACUGAAACAGUUUCAGCAUUUUUCCUGUCGUUAUUUAUGGGUAUGGUUGCUACGGGAAGUUACCGGAAGAUUUCAUUUUUUAAUCACGACCGAGACACUGCUGUUCUUUCCACGGACAAGUAUUUGAGGAAAUCCGUCUUUAUUAAUUGGAGUGUCAGAACGCUAGUACUGUGAGCCUGCCUGCAGAGGGCUGUGUUGCAGCAGAUGGAUCAAUGCAGAGUAGCAGUUUCUGGCUCACUCCACUGUUAACCCUGCUGCCCGUUUCUGCCUGUGAUGCAGCUCAGUUUCUUUAACCAUUGUGUUUUUUUCUUAGAGCUUGGUGCCUCCUGAAACCUCCUAGCCUGAAUGUGUUAGCCACACUAGCUCCACCCCUCCCCAAACACUCCUCAUUCUUCCAAUAAGCACUUUGAGACUGUUGACAGACAGCAAUAGUGACCAAUGUUCUGCCAUCCUGGCCCACAGCAUGUCCUGCCUUCCACAUAUUGAUGGGUUGAUGUUGGAAUGCUGAUGAAAUGCAACUUAAAUGUAUUCAUAUGGAUUUUUCUUUUGAGGUCGCAGUCUCUUCUGUGUGUAUAUCAAUGUUGUUAAACUCAGUAAUGCUAUUUUUGUCAGUUCAAAAGAGGGGCUUUUUUAUCUUGGUUUCACCUGUUUUUUAUUUUAUUUGAAAGAAUAAGAUGUAUAUCACACUGCGUUGUGAGACCAGUGUCAAAAUGUGUAAAUUCUUAAUAAAAUUUACUAUUAAAUGAA